AUGGGUCUCUCAACAAAUGGAAAAGCUGUGUUUGGAAAUGUCCAACAAUCCAAUGCUCUAUGUAUCGAAAUGUUGGGUGUAUAUUUAAUAGAGGGUGAGGGCCGAGAAAGAGGUAGGGGCCAAGGUAUUAAGCUUGUUGGCCUUCAAAAAAGUUAUGAUGACCUUAAGUUGAAUGAGUUUUCUAGCGAAGAAAGUAAACUAUAUAAAACUAGAAUGUAUAUUAUGUUAUUAUUUGGUAGGUUUCUAUUUCCCGAAGGAACGGGGAAUAGUGUCAAUUUUAUGUACUUGUGUCUACUUGAGGACAUUGAUGAAAUUAAGACGUAUAGUUGGGGUUCGGCGGUGUUGGCAUACCUCUAUAGCUCCUUGUGCAAAUGUGCAACAAAGGAUACUUGUACAUUUAAUGGAUGUGCAUUCUUGCUACAAUCAUGGGGAUGGUGGAGAAUGCCGGUAUUAGCCCCUGAAAACCCGCACAUUUACGUCUUCCAUUACGCGUCAAGGUUUAGUUCAACUGGGUUGGAUUACACCAAUACGCCUGUAAACAAAAUAAUUUUUUACCGCCAACUAUUGGAUUGA